UCUAGCAUACAAGACAUUCCACAUUCACAAAGUAAAAAUGGGCAGGCUUAUCUAUUGCACGUUGGUACUAUAUUUGUGGCUCGUUGUUGGUGCGUUAGCCGAACAAUGUGGUAAGCAAGCCGGUGGCAAAACUUGCCCUAACAGCCUGUGUUGCAGCCAAUUCGGGUGGUGUGGCAACACCGAUGAGUACUGUUUGCCCUCUAACGGGUGCCAGAGCAAUUGUAAAGGCGGUGGCGGAGGAGGUGGGGGUGGAGCCAGCGCCACUAAUGUUCGAGCUACGUAUCACUACUAUAACCCGGAGCAAAAUAGAUGGGACUUGAAUGCGGUUAGUGCUUAUUGUUCUACUUGGGAUGCUGGAAAGCCGUAUUCAUGGCGUAGUAAAUAUGGAUGGACGGCUUUCUGUGGCCCCGCCGGAGCUCACGGCCAAGCCUCCUGUGGCAAGUGCUUGAGGGUUACUAAUACGGGGACUGGAGCCCAGCUUACUGUGAGGAUUGUGGAUCAGUGCAGUAAUGGUGGCUUAGAUUUGGACUACAAUACUGCUUUCCGAAAAUUGGACACCGAUGGAAGAGGUUAUCAACAAGGCCAUCUCAUAGUGAACUACCAAUUUGUCGACUGUGGCAAUGGGUUUAAUCCUCUUCUUUCUAUUGUCGAUAAACAAUAAAUUUCUUUUGGAAUGCAAAAUGCCCCCACAACAAUAAUACAUGUUUUAAUGAGAAGCUGAGAGUUAAUUAUAUCUAUGGUAUAAUAAUUAGUUGUUGUAAUAAACUCUCGGAUAUAUACAUCCGAUAGGUGUGCUGUAGUGUACGUAUCUUUAUUGUUCUUGUUAAAGAACAGUUGAGUAUUUGUUACCGUCUUGUACGCUUCAAGAUUUUUAUACUACAAAUAAAACAUGAUUAUGGAGGUUAUUCAAGAAUUAAGUAACA